CAAAAAAGAACAGUUUGCAUCCCUGAAAUUUCUUGGUUUAGGGUUUUAGCAGCGAUGGUGGACAAAAGCAUCAGCAUGGAAGCAGGACCAUCCCAAGCAGGCGACCACGAUGAAUCCGACGAAGAGUUGGAGCAAAACGAGGCAUGGGAUGACUGGAGGUCGGACGAUGAUGGCGAGUCUGAGCCAGGACUCAUCUGUCUUUUCUGUGAUUCUACAUACGAAUCAUCCGAAACCCUAUUCGAUCAUUGCCGUUCGGACCAUUCCUUUGAUUUCCUCUCAAUUCGCCGAGUUCUCGGCCUCGAUUUCUAUGCUUCUUUCAGGCUCAUUAAUUUCAUUCGGUCUCAGGUGGCGGACUGUAAAUGCUGGAGAUGUGGUCUUGUUUUCAAUUGUAAAACAGAUCUUCAGAAUCAUUUUCAUGAGACAGAUGUUUUUGAGAAGGAAGGAAAGUUUCCUUGGGAGAAUGACAUGUAUUUAAAGCCUUUUUUGGUAGAUGAUGCUUUGCUGCAUAGUUUCGCUGGCAAUGAAGAUGAGGAUGAUGAUCCUGUAUCUGUUGAUAAGGAGGAGUUAAUGAGGGAAUUAAUGAGUAGUGGUGUUUUGGAAGAAAUUCGUGUUGAUAGUGAACUCAUCACUGAAAUCAAUAGUUCUGAUCUGGAUGUUUGCGAGAAAAAUGGAGUACAAGAAGGACCAUGUGUAGAUGGCAAUGCCUCUAAAUGUAGUGAGAGGAUUUUGACCAAGGAUUCUGUAGGAGAUUUGGUAAUUCCGCCUCAGAAGCAGAAGGAUAAGCAAUUGAGAGUUUCUUUUGCCAAUGUUGCCGCAAAAGAAAUCAAGACUGUUAACGAGGAUUAUUUUGGGGCCUAUGGUUCAUUUGGCAUUCAUCGGGUGAUGUUGAGUGAUAAGCCGAGGAUGGAUGCCUAUCGAGGAGCACUUUUGAAUAAUCCUUCUCUCAUGAACAAAGCAACUGUCAUGGAUGUUGGUUGUGGAACAGGAAUACUUAGUCUAUUUGCAGCUCAAGCUGGGGCUUCAAAGGUAAUUGCAGUUGAGGCAAGUGCAAAGAUGGCUGGUUUGGCAACUCAGAUUGCAAAAGACAAUUGUCUACUUAAAGAAGGGGACCAAGAUAGUCAAGAGAAAGCAUCCUCUGGUGUGAUUACUGUGGCACAUUGCAUGGUUGAAGAACUUAACAAUUGUAUUCAAGUCAAACCACAUAGUAUUGAUGUAUUAAUAAGUGAGUGGAUGGGCUAUUGUCUAUUAUAUGAAUCAAUGCUCACAUCGGUACUCUAUGCCCGUGAUCAUUGGCUGAAGCCUGGUGGGGCCAUUCUUCCAGACACAGCAACUAUAUUUGCUGCUGGAUUCGGAAAAGGAGGAACAAGUCUACCAUUUUGGGAAGAUGUAUAUGGUUUCAAUAUGUCCUGCAUUGGCAACGAAGCUGUGGAGGAUGCUACCCAAGUUCCUAUUGUUGAUGUAAUUGAGACUCAGGAUAUCAUAACAGAGUCUGCUGUUGUUCAGGCAUUUGAUUUAACAACUAUGAACUCUGACGAAAUGGAUUUCACCUCAAACUUUGAGCUGAACUUAAAGUCUGUCUGUCAGGCAGAUGGUAGUGCAAAUUCAAAGUCUCAAAUAUAUUGGUGUCAUGGAAUUGUCUUAUGGUUUGAAACUGGUUUCACCAGCAGGUUCUGCAAGGAGAUGGCGACUGUACUCUCCACAUCUCCUUAUUCUCCUCGGACUCAUUGGUCCCAGACUAUCCUCACAUUCAAAGAACCAGUUGCAAUGGAAUCUGCUAGUUCUGCUACUGAAUUCCCUAAAUCUGUUGCCGUAGGCAGUGUACAGUGCCCUGCAGCUCAGGUCAGAUCCCGCCUUAGUAUAGUCCGCUCAUCAGCCCAUCGCAGCAUUGAUAUAUCCAUGGAGCUUACUGCUAUCAGUUUGGAUGGAAGAAAACACAGCUAUCCGGUUCAAAUCUUCAGUCUGUGAUAGGAUCCCUUAUGAUUUCAGAAGACUUCCCCAACUCAAUGUUUUUGGGUAUUGAGUUGAUCAAUUUUGACAGGUUUGUAUCACUAACCAGGUUUGAUCAACUUAAUUUUACAAGCAUUUGUGGCGGUGAUUUAGAUGGAUAAGUUCGAUAGUAAUUGAGUUUAUAUACUCCAAUCAUUUUAUUACGUUAUGUCACGGCAAAUUAAUCAGGUCUGAUGCUUGCCUAUUUUGUGCAAUUUUCAUUUUAAUCAGUGCUUUGGUUGUAUGUUGUCGACAAAGAAGAAAUGAACAUCAUGGUCACCGGCUUUGUAUGUUAAGUUUUCCGAGAAUUUCUAUUGUACUUUUAGCUCGUCUAUGUAAUAAUCAACAUUUAUUCUGCACCUUUAUUUGCUCGUUUUUACGGAACCACUGGAAUGUGUGUUUCUAGGCAGCUUGACUUGCACUCUUAAAAUUGAUAUUU